UUUGAGUGACAAAUGAGCCAAUGAGAAACAUGGAUAAAAAAAUAUAGAAAUGCUCGACCAAUUAGCUGUCGUGACUGUGGCUUCUGCUGUCUGGCCCGUCCCAGCAAUGUACUUUUGGCGGCUGCACGGAAAACAUGGCGGAAAAUUUGAAAGAUUGCAGUGUGCCCAGCAAGCUAUCAUGGGAUGAUCUUGAAGCCUUGUGCCGCUCAGAGAGGCUCCACUGUAAAGAUUUCGGCAUAACCAAAGCUAACGUCAAUGAUUAUGAGGUGGAGUUCCUCUGUGACUACAAGAAGACUAAAGAAGAGGAGUUUUACCUGGUAAAAUGGAGGGGCUUUCCAGAGUCCGUCAACACCUGGGAACCUAAAAGGAACCUCAAAUGCCCCAAACUGAUGAAGCAGUUCCACCUAGACCUGGAUCAGGAGCUGAGACGCCAGAAAAGACGAAACAUCCCUAAAAAGCUGGAUAAGGAAACCUCAACCUUUUUAGUUUUGAAAGCUAAACUACGUCAGCGACUGGAACGCUGGGGGUUCCAGCUCAACCAAACAUGUAACCAUCCUGGGCGCAUCUUUGUCAGCAACGAUGUCGACCUCGAGGGUCCACCUAAGAACUUCACUUACAUCAACCACUACAAAGCAGGCCCGGGUAUUGUUUUUGAUGAAAUGGCUGUGGGUUGUGAGUGUAAAAACUGCUUAGAAGAACCUGUGAACGGAUGUUGUCCCGGUGCAUCCUUGCACCGUCUUGCCUACAAUGAACUUGGCCAGGUUCGGAUCCGCCCGGGGGAGCCCAUAUACGAGUGUAACUCUCAGUGCCUUUGUGGCCCAGACUGCCCCAACAGAGUGGUGCAAAAAGGCAUUCAGGUUGACCUGUGUAUCUUUAAGACUGACAACGGUCGUGGAUGGGGAAUCCGUACUCUGCAGCAUAUCAGGAAGAACACAUUUGUCAUGGAAUAUGUAGGAGAGAUCAUCACAACAGACGAAGCAGAGAAACGAGGUCACAUAUACGACCGCCAAGGCUCUACAUACCUAUUUGACUUGGACUACGUAGAAGACGUGUACACAGUGGAUGCUGCUCAUCAAGGAAACGUCUCUCACUUUGUCAACCACAGUUGUAAUCCAAACCUACAAGUGUUCAAUGUGUUUAUUGACAACAUCGAUGAGCGACUCCCACGAAUCGCUUUAUUUUCAACACGGGCUAUUCGGGCAGGAGAGGAACUCACCUUUGACUAUAAGAUGAAAAUUGAUCCAGUAGACACAGAAAGCUCCAAGAUGGACUCCAGUUUCACCCUAGCGGGUGUCUCCAGUUCUCCAAAGAAAAGGAUUCGAGUGGAGUGUCGUUGCGGAUCCGACUCGUGCAGAAAAUAUCUGUUCUAACAUGGGACUGGUGAUUAAAAAAACAAAACAAAACACUGAUUUCUGGACACAUUUUUUUUUAACAAAAGCUCUUUAUACAUUUCCAACUUCUUAAAAACACAACCUGACACAAUCUCCUACAGACGUAUAGACAAACAACCAUUCACACUCACAUUCAUACCUAUGGAAAAUUUGGAGUUGCCAAUUAACCUAGCAUGUUUUUGGAAUAUGGAAGGAAACCCAUGCAUUCACGGGGAGAACAUGCAAACUCCACACAGAGAUGGCUGAGGGUGGAAUCGAACUCCGGUCUCCUAGCUGUGAGGCCUGUGCGCUAACCACUCUACCGCCGUGCAGCCUAAAACAUUUUUCAACCCAAAUAAAAAAUCAAAGAACAUUACCACUGGCUAGCUGGUAUUCAUAUACUUGUAAAUUCAUGUAUUCAAUGACAACAAACAUAACUGCAUCCUUGUGUUAUGUGGUAUAUUCACUCCUGCCGAAAGACCAGCUGAAAAUGUUGCACUGUUGAAUCUUAAAGAGAUUCUAAGUUGAGCUUCAGGUGCUCCCUGCCACAGCCAGUCUUGGGUGUUCUUUGAAUGUACUGAGUUUGACUCCCCGUAACAAGAUUUUGUCAGUACAAGUUGGAUUCAUACUGUGACCACAAUGCAGUGAAAUAAAUAGUUUUUGUAUUUUUUCUUUCUAUGUUUUGGGAACUUUUAAAAUGGAUAUUUAAGCAU